CAACUGUUGAUCGACGUCCAAGUUACUUCCAGUAUUUGGUUUCCUCUGUUCUCCUGUAAAUCUACACCGGACUACACCAAAGCCUUACUCUUUGCUUCCCAUAACUUCAGGCAGGCCUCCUUUCAGUCCUACCUGGGUUUCAGGUUCGUUGUGAUGGCCGUUGCACACGGUUGCCAACCACUUCCAUCACAAGCUUACGGUAGGGAGGGCUUUUACAUUCGACCUCUCAGGCUCUUUUCUUCCACUUUCUUCUUCCCCCAUUUCUUUGGCGGCUAGUCCGCGAUCUACAGCGGUUGACUGUAUGAUCAAGUGUUGAUUAAAUCCUUACUUUUCUUUGUUUCUAUGUUCGUUUUACUUUUCGGUUUCCUGGCUUUGGGACCGCAGGUUGUGCUGUCGAAUCUCUUCCGACUCGGACUUGCCCAGGUUACACAAUGCGAACAAUUCACCAUUAACUUCAAGGGUGAAGUUAACACGACGUCGCCCCCAUCGUCUCUUACCGUCGUCCCUUUCGAUUCUGUUCCAAUUUCCAUUCCUGUACCAUCUAAUGCUCUCAACUUCACGGGUCUUGACAUCAACUUUCUUCCUCUGAAAGAAAACACUACUUUUAUUGUCUCUCUCGACAACGCGGAGAAUCAGAGUCUUUCACUGGUUUCCGAUUUCAUUCGAAUUUCCCCCUCCCAAAAUUCUUCCUGUCUCUCAUCAGCCCCCGCCAUUUCCACUCCGUCGCCCUACGCUAUAGUCGGAGGAGAAGUCAGGCAAUGCGAAGACUUCACCGUCGAGUACAACACCACAGAUGCACCAGAAAUACGGAGGUUUUUUCCAAACGGAUUCUCCUUUCCCCUGAUGAUGACGUCGAAUUCGAAGGGUCGAGCUACAUAUACUAUGGUGGCAUUUCGUGGACAGCCAGUGGUCCUAUUGUUUGACGACGGAAAAGGCUCCCGACGCACCUCGUCGUUGCUUUCGGUUAAAGGUGAUUCUUCAAGCCCGAAGAAAUGUUUAUCUAUCUUUAGCAACCUUACCGGUCAGCCAGAACAAUCAGAAGCGAGUCCACCUCCUAAGCUUUCCAAAGGCGUCAUCAUUGGCCUGAGCGUCGGGGGAGCUAUCAUUGUCCUGGUGACCCUCGCAAUGACCGGAUACAUUUUGCGGGAACGCAAUCGCAGGAGACGUCUUAUGGACACUCCACCUGUUCACAACCUACCUCCACAACACAGCCAAGGUCGUGAUAUGGUAGAGGAAAAGCGCAGAACAUCCCACCCGUUACCACCUCUACCUACCCCUGACACAAUAACCUAUCCGGAAGGGUACAUCAAAGACCCGCCCUAUGUUCUGGAAAGAUACUCCCCCACCCUCUCAGAUUAUCCCCGUACCAGUAUAUCCUGGGAAAUUGUUGACGGGGAGAUGCAAACCAAAUAUAGAACCUCGCAGUCAUCCCGAUUAUCGACGAUGGAUAUUGAAAAAAUGCUUGAUAUUGCAACUGAGCGAGAGUCCCGAUUGCCAACAUCGCCGACAUCGCCCCCCGUCCAGUACGCGAAUGCACAGCCAGCAGAUCUAAGUCCAACGUUUUCCGAUCUACGAAACCGCUCACAGCCUGAUGUUCCGCAAAAUCCUUCAUUCUUUGGAUCAUCCUCUUCGUACGCCGAGAUGUAUGGAUUUGGAGGAGAGGCAGAUUCCAUAUCCGAAUAUGCUAGGACGACGUCAGAGCUACGAUCACCUUCAUCAUUCGAAGACCGUGUAUCUCACAACUCGGGUUCCCCAAUUUUCGGCUUGCAACGAUCACAGAGCGCGUCUCUUCCCCGUUCACCUUUUAGCAGUGCAUAUCCGAGUGGAGUCUUGGAGGACAGAAGUGGGCCAGGGGCAGUGUCCUCUUUCUGAUGACUGGUGGAUCGAACAGGAAUAGCAGGAACCAGAGUCUAAUUUCAAUGUCUCCUUACUUCAAGUCUCAGUGAGAAAACCUUGUUUGAUCCUUAUGUGUUUGUAUUCGGGAACAUUUCAGAUUUGCAUCGCCUUCAUUUUGGGAUC